AUGCCAGCCCAAUACCCUCUCAGUCCUCAAUCCAUAGUCCUCCCCAACAUUACUCAUUUUAGCCUCGUUUUCUACUCCACUGUCCUCCCGGAUCUGGAAGGUAUCCAACACUGGUUUUCAGUCCCUUUUUUCUUCAUGUACCUGGGGGCCAUCUCAGGAAACUGCUUCAUUCUGACAGUUAUGAAGACCAGCUCUCGUCUGCACACACCCAUGUAGAAGCUAGUCACUUUGCUGGCCCUCACUGACCUGGGAAUUUCUGUGUCCACCCUGUCGACCACUAUGGGGAUCUUUUGGUUCUCCACCCACCAUACGAUGUACUUUGAAACUUGCCAAAUCCAGAUGUUCUGCAUCUACUUGUUAUCCUUCAUGGAGUCUGCAGUGCUGCUUGUCAUGACUUUUGAUUGCUUUGUGGCCAUCUGCCACUUGAGGUAUUCAGUCAUUGUCACGAGCCAGCCAGUGAUAACAGCUGGUGUGUGCCUUCUUCGAGGACCUGUGGGCUUUCUGCCUCUUCUUCUCCUGAAGUCUUUUCCCUUCUGUGAUCCUCUAGCCCUCUCCCAUUCAUUUUGCCUACACCAGCAGGUAAUGCACCUGGCCUGCAUAGACACCAUCUUCAACAACCUGUAUGUACUGUCCCAGGUGCUCACGCUCGUGAUGGACAUGUUGCCCACUGCACUGUCCUAGGUGCUCAUUCUGCACACAGUGGCAGGAGUAGCCUCCCAGAAGGAGCACCUGUCAGCCUUCCAAACCUGCACCUUACAUCUCUGUGUGGUGCUAGUAUUCUUUGUGCCCGUGAUGGGACUAUCCCUGGGACAUUGCUUCUGGAAAGAUGCCCCACCUGCUGCCUAAAUUCUUAUAGCCAACAUCUACCUUUUUCUCCCUCCCAUGCUUAACCCAAUCAUACAUAGCAUUAAGACCAAGGAGAUCUGGCAUGCUACUAUCAAUCCCUAUGCAUUAGAAAGGCCAGUGCUAAAGUCAGGGGCUAAACAUCACUGA